AUGAAGGCGGCAUCCCGAUCGCUUUCGCACGCUGGCAACGCUGUCCGUUCAGCGUCGUCGGUCCGACCUCUCUCAACACCACUCUUGCAAGCAAAUCACAGAGCGACGACGACAACCAGCAUCAACCUUGCUUCCAUACAGACACGCAAACUGUUCGGCUUCUCUCUCUUCGGCGGCAAGAAGGACAAGAAGAACGACCCCUUUGCACUUCCACCUCGCGCUGCUAAGAAGCCUCUAUUGGCACAAAAUGAUCUCUUUCACCCCUUUUCGAAGUCGCCCAUCCCUUCGAUCCGAGCAAGGGGUGAACGCAUUCGCUCAUUAGCUCCCUGCCCUGUCAGCAUGUCCAAGCACAAAGUUCGACGACUCGUAAACUUUGAAUGCCCGGACUGUGGUUGGCCCACGCAUUACAGCGAGAAGGAAUGGGCCGAGGACACAGAGCAUGGCAAGUACGUUGCCCGUCUCCGCGAAGCCAACGAGGACGAGCACGAUCUUCGCAGUGGACGAGAAAUGUCCGAAUUCAAGCUACCCGGACCACAAGGUUUCGAGGAGACUAUCAACAUGUCCAAUUGGGACGUCUUCUUCUACACGCGAAACUUCAACUCGAUAGAAUCCGAUCGCAGCCGAAGACACCUUUCCAAGCUUCUUACUUUCCCCACCACCAUGGGUGCCGUCAUUCAUGAGAACAGCCCCUACACCAAAAAGUCGCGCCGGCUGACGCACGAAGGUCUACGAAGCAUGAUUGCUCUCCGUCAAACGCUGCACCCCAAGGAAGGCGCAAAGCCAUCUCUGGACAAGAUAAGGAUCUUUGUCGUUGGUGCACGUGCCGAGUCUACUUUGCCACCUGCUGUGUGGGAUCAAUUGACGUAUAUGUUCCCCGGUGUUCCUUUCCAUCUCUUCCUGAUUGGACCUGAGGCGCAUAUCCCAACCGACAAGCAGGUUCAGAUGCAGCAGGAGCGUGCUGGGCCAGGAUCGGGUGGUAUUUCGAUGCACAAGGGUCGUGUUCGCAAGUCCAACUACGGCGUUCCCUCGCGUACUGUGGUUGUCUCUGAGGGUUUGACGAUCACAACGAUUCAGUCCAAGUACGAGGAUGUCCAUGCGCAGUUGGAACCAUUCGAUGCGUACACAGAUGUCUUCUUUGCUUUCAGCCCAGGAUUCGGGUUCCCUUCGCAGAUCGCUGUCGAGGAAGCAGACAAAACAAGGCAGGAGGAUAGGGAUCACGAGGCACACUUUGCCAAGGCGAAGAGUACAUACCAUGCUGCUGGUGCAGAGGGUGCAGAGUCGACCGAAGCUUCAGCGCAAAAGGCCGCUGAUGACGCUGUCGAGCUUGCAAAGGCACAGAUUGCUGAGCAGCAGCAGCGCCUUGAUGGCUCAAGUCCUGCUGUCUCCACGGUCCCACCGAGCAGAGCUGCUUACACUGUCGACGCCUCCGUAUCUCCCGAAGGUGGUGAGAUUCCGUCUCAGGAGCCUGCGCCGGUGCUCACUUCGCCAGACGGUCACACGUUCACUGCGCUUACUGCGGCUCCUGUGGUUCAGGCACAGCGAGAGUGGGCUCGUGCCAUCGGUCAGAUCCUCUCAACACGAUGUGCGCUCGUUGCCACUGGCUUCUCUCCAGCUGAUGUAGAGCGAGAUGUAUUGGCGUUCGAGAGUGUCGAUGGUGUUAGGGGCGAGUUCGACUGGCUAAUCACACCCGGUGAGAACGUGUUUGCAUCGCAACAGUGGGCAGUGGCUGACUUUGACCCACGUGUUGCAGUGAAAGCCAAUUGGGGCAUCUGGGCAGUAAGAGGGAAGCGAUACGAUAUCCAAGGCCCUACAGGAUACUAA